AUGUCAUGCACUGCAGGAGAUGUUUCACAUCAAAGCAUGCCCAAUGACAGUAAGAAAAGCACUUCAUUACUGUCAUUACAAAGCAUGAAGAGGCAUUACAAAGCAUGUCUCAAACUUGCAAAUGAGCACAAGGACAUGACUGUUGAGGAUUGGAAGAAGGUGGUAUGGUCCAAUGAGAUGAAGAUCAACUUCUUUGGACUGGAUGGGAAGCAGUUCUGUUGGAUUAAGAAUGCCAGCUUCAACAGCAAGCUUGUCAGGCUGACAGUCAAGUUUGGCAGUGGCUCCAUCAUGAUCUGGGGCUGUAUGAUGUGGGAAGGGGUUGGAGGUAUAUGCUUGGUGCUGGGAUCAAUGAAUUCAGACCAAUACAUUGAUAUCCUGAAUGACAAGCUUUUGAAAACAAUCUCAGAUUUGCAGCUUCAGCAUGCAUACACCAAUGUCAUGUUUCAGCAAGACAAUGACCCAAAACACAUGUCAAAGAAGACAAAAACAUGGUUGGAAGGCAAUAGCAUUAAGGUUAUGCAAUGGCCAGGGCAGUUGCUGGACUUGAACCCAAUUGAACACCUCUGGCACCAUCUCAAAAUGCGACUUUCAUGGUAUAGUACAAUUGCAAAGUCCAGGGAUGAACUGCUCAAGAGUGUCAGGGGUCUCGCGCCUGAAACCCAGGUUUCAGCUGACCUCUGUGGACACUCCGUUGUGAGUGUUGAUGAUGAUGAGGUUGAUGAUGUUGGUGAUAAGGUUGUGAUCCCUGGACCACAGUGGACUACUGCCUUCAGUUCUAUCUUGAUCCAGACUGCUAACCUGCUAUGGGCGCCUUCAGACAUCAGCAUUGCCAGCGAUGCUGCUCCUGCUCUCUCUCCAGAGAGUACUUUCUUCAUCGAGUACUGCUCAGGGGCCUCUCCUGCUUGGCACCCCUGUGCCUCUUGA